CAGAUACACAUCUUCUUCUCGAUUGAAUCCGGUUGCUUCAUUCGCAAUGCCGCAAAACACCACGCCGCGGGGCCUCGACACCAACAUCGGAACACAUGAGUUCGACCUAGAUAAACUUGGCCGUCAGCGACCGAUAAUAUUCAUUUCACAAUGAUCUGAGGUUGGAUUCUGCUUUGCAAUCCUAAGCUCAAUGUUGAUGACGGAGCACUUAGUUGGUGGCUUCCAUAUCAUCCUCCCAGAGCUAGGCGUUGAACUCGAUAUUCCCCCGGCUGCCCGAAUAUGGCUAGCAAGCGUUUUCUCGCUUGUCACGGGCUCUUUAUUGCUACCAGCCGGCCGGCUCAGCGGCAUGUACGGCAGCUACGUCACCUUCAACUUUGGGUUGAUUUGGUUUUCCAUCUGGUGUCUGAUUGCCGGUUUCAGCAAAAACUACAUCCUGCUAAUAGUAUGCCGUACCCUUGCAGGCAUUGGCUCCUCUGUAUUCCUCGUUGGCGGACUUAUGCUUCUUGGCAAGAUCUACCGGCCAGGACCUCGGAAAAAUCUCAUCUUUGCUAUGUAUGGAGCUAUUACGCCGAUCGGUUUCUUUGCAGGCAUCUUUUUUGGUGGCAUUUCCUUGCAAUCUUUGAGUUGGAGAUGGUAUUUCUGGCUUGGUUCCAUUAUCCUUGCCUCGGUGGCCGUGACUGCUCUACUGGCUAUACCAAAGUAGCCUCGUCGGCAAGGGAACAGAACCACUUUGACUCUACAAGAGAGCGCUCGAAAACAUUCACGUCAACAGUCGCCUGAUUCUAGCCGCUUUAGAGCGAGCUUAUGGUCGCAAUGGCCUUGAGGGCCCCGACAUACUUCUGAUCGCAGCAUGAACACUUCCUAUCGUUUGACUAGCAGCGAGAUUAUUGCGGUGAUUCUUUGAGCCUCAUGGCGCUGCCCAUCUUCAGGGUUUCAGGACAGUACGAUGAAAAUAGCGCAGAAGGACCCUGGUCGUGCUUAGAGUCGAC